AUGGUAACAAAAGAAGCAGCUAUGUCUUUCUCGCAAUUUGGAUACCCGUACAAUGCAACUUCACAGUUUUUCGUGUCGGCAAACCCCAGUACGACUUGCUGCGAUUCGAUUUCCAGGUCGGUCUCUGACGGGACAGGCGGCUCCCAGACCGCCGCUGCCGCCGCCGCUGCCUCCUUCUGCUGCCCGUCCUACGAGAACCGGCUCCUGGCGAGCAGCCGGACGGAGCUGAACGCAGCACUGGGGAUGUACAGUUCUCCCUACGCUGCAGCGGCCGCCGCCAGCCAGAACUACGCCAACUACUUCCCCUACAGCACCGACCCAUCCGCUAUCUACUCCACUCUGAAUCCACAGUAUGACAUUAAGGACAGCACAGGCACUUUACACUCUGGCAUCACUCAAACUGCAGCAUACUACCCUUAUGAUCAUUCACUGGGACAGUAUCAAUAUGACAGAUACGGGACAGUAGACUUUAAUGGCACAGCCAGAAGAAAGAAUGCAACUCGUGAGACAACCAGCACCCUGAAAACAUGGCUGUAUGAGCACCGCAAGAACCCCUACCCCACCAAGGGAGAAAAGAUCAUGCUGGCCAUCAUCACCAAAAUGACCCUCACUCAAGUGUCCACCUGGUUCGCCAAUGCCAGGAGGAGGCUAAAGAAAGAGAACAAGAUGACCUGGUCACCAAAGAACAAGGCCAGCGAUGACAGGAAGGAUGACCUUAAGAGCGACCAAGACUGUGUCACCAAAGAUUCCAGCGAUUGCAAGGAGGAAAAGGAUCUGCAUCUGAGUGAUCUAGAGGACAUGGACGAGGACGAGUGUGACAAGCUGGACAGUGACUGUGAAAAGGUGGCUGCAGACGAGCAGGACCUCCAGAGGGCCAUGACAGUAUCAGGAGCCCCUCAGAAAAGAGACUGCAGCUCUGAGCUGCAACUGAGUUUAACUAACAGCUUCCACACGUUCCCCUGUGCCAUUAAAAGUGUCACCACCCUCCCUCCUCUCCCAUCUGACUUCCUGGAUCCUGUAGCGUCCAAGGCACCCUCCUCAACCGGCCCUGUACCAGGAACGGUGUCCCUGUCUCACUUUGAGGCAUCAGAUAAGCCGCGGAUUUGGUCUCUGGCUCGUACAGCGGCUUCAGGGGUCAUACUGAGCCCUCAGCAGCAUGGCUCUGAGCUGAGGACAGGCAACUCAAGCGGGGACUGCCAGCUCCAGAGUACCAGGCUUACCGGGGCUCCUACUGGACAGUGUGGGGUCAUGAGAGGCCUCCACGAAUCCAGCAGCAUCACCAAUGCUGAGAGCCCCUUCUCUGAGGGCUCAUCCUUGCACUCAAAAGUCUACGGCACUGGCAGCUACAGUCACAAGGGCCUCCAACUGCACUGUUCAUCCUAUUCUGCACUCCCGGACACAUGUCAGUACUCCAGCAUUGAAGGAUUCUCUGGUGGCAAAGCCGAGACACAGUCGUCAGACCUCAGCGAAGCUUGUGGGACCGUGCAGGAUGACAAGGUCACUGCAUUCAGACCAGUGAUGAAGAGGUGA